AUCGUUGAUAAAAUGUCACCAACUAGAGCAAAUCCUUUGUUAACACAAAAAACUUUUCAAGAUUUUUGUGAUUUACCAGAUUCAAUAUUGUCUAGCAUUGGUUACGAUUUGAUAAAUAAACCCCAUACGAUUUGGUUGGUUGUUCUUAAAAAGUGUUAUUUUGUUGCAGCAUUUUUGUCUCAUCUCUAUAUUUGCGUUUACAUUACGAAAGCUAUGUUCAACAUGAUUCUUUCCGAUGAUUUCGAAUUGGGUUUAUUGCUGCGUUUAACUUCUGGCUUCAAUUAUGCCCUGUUUUCGAUAAUGAAAUCGACAACGUUUUUUUGGAACAUCAAAGAGUUUAUGGAAAUCUAUAAAGCUCUUAAAGAAAUAUUUCCCAAAAUUCGCAAAGAAAAGUUAAGCUUUAGAGUGCGCGACUAUUUUUGGCCAAAAUGGAUUUUAUUUACAGUGUAUUUUUAUAUUGGAGCUGUUGCAUUUAUUGCAACUUCACCUCUAAUGGAGGGUAUUAUUUUGUAUAUUGUAAGUGUAUUUAGAGACGGUUGGAGUCGUGCGGAAUUUGGUUAUUUCAAAUUAUACGAAAUAGAAUAUAGCUUUGAUCAUCAUAGUGUAAUUGCUUAUAUAAUUACCUAUGGGAUGGAACUAAUGCAUGCACAUUUUAUGGUAAUGUUUAGUAUUUGUUCUGAUAUCUGGGUGCUUUGCUUUACUCUACAAUUAUGCAUGCACUUUGACUAUAUCGCUGGGAAGUUGGAAAAUUAUGAACCAAAUGAAAAGGAAUUUGUAAAAGAUCGGGAAUUUAUUGCCGAUUUGAUUAAAAGACAUCAAAUAUUAUUGAAUAUUGGUGAUGGCUUAAAUUCCGUUUUUGGUGGCUUACUUCUUUUAAUGCUAAUGUCAAUUGCUGCCACACUUUGCUGCGCCGGGGUUUAUACUUUAACCCAGGGUUUGGGCCGAGAAUUUAUAGAAUAUGUGGCAUUUCUACCCAUUGUAGUUGGUCAAUAUUUUUUGGUUUGUUAUUAUGGUCAGCAAUUGAUUAUAAAGAGUUAUAGUGUAGCUGAUGCCGCUUAUAAUCAUACUUGGUACAAUGGUUCCAAACCGUAUAAAAAAUCAAUUUUUAUUAUUAUAAUGCGUUCUCAGAAGGAAGUGGAAUUAAAUGCUUUAGGCUUUCAACCAAUAUGUUUGGAAGCUUUUAAAAUGGUUAUGGGAGUAACUUAUAGAGUAUUUGCUUUGUUAAAGGAAACUAUGUUUUAAAAGAAAGAUCAAACUAUAUUUUACAUAUUCACAAAUACCUUUAGAUAGUUUUAUG